AGGUGGAUGAUGUGUCAGCCUGUGUAAGGGAAUCGCACGGAGAUGGGCGUUUUGAACUGUUAAUGGGGACAUGGGACUCCCGUUGUCUCUGAUCCCUCGUGUGGAUUUUCCCGGCGUAGAAGGACAGAAGCCGCUCGUAAGUCGCCAAGACCGACAGCAGAAAUUCUGCGCAAAAGGGUGUCAAAUCUUGUUAUUUUAAUUUGCAUCUGGGAGAAUGUCUGAGCCAGGAGACCUGAGUCAGACCAUAGUGGAGGAAGGCGGGCCUGAGCAGGAGACGGCCACUCCAGAGAAUGGCGUGGUUAAAUCCGAAAGUCUGGACGAGGAGGAGAAACUGGAAUUACAGAGGCAACUGGCGGCUCAGAACCAAGAGAGAAGAAAAUCCAAGUCAGGAGCAGGGAAAGGUAAACUGACUCGCAGCCUUGCUGUCUGUGAAGAAUCCUCAGCCAGACCAGGAGGGGAAAGUCUUCAGGACCAGGAAUCAAUUCAUUUACAGCUUUCCAGUUUUCCCAGCCUGCAAGAGGAUGAUAAAUCUAGGAAAGAUGACUCUGAAAGAGAAAAAGAAAAGGAUAAAAACAAAGAUAAAACCUGUGAAAAACCCAAGAUCAGAAUGUUAUCAAAAGAUUGCAGCCAAGAAUAUACGGAUUCUACAGGCAUAGACUUACACGAGUUUCUGAUUAACACAUUAAAGAAUAAUUCCAGAGACAGGAUGAUACUCUUGAAAAUGGAGCAGGAAAUUAUUGAUUUCAUUGGUGACAACAAUAAUCAUUAUAAAAAGUUUCCUCAGAUGUCGUCCUAUCAGAGGAUGCUUGUCCAUCGAGUGGCAGCUUACUUUGGGUUGGAUCACAACGUGGAUCAAACAGGGAAAUCUGUCAUCAUCAACAAAACCAGCAACACAAGAAUACCAGAGCAAAGGUUUUGUGAACAUUUAAAAGAUGAAAAAGGUGAAGAAUCCCAGAAGCGGUUUAUCUUGAAGCGAGAUAACUCUAGUAUUGAUAAAGAAGACACUCAGUCAGUUUGCUCCCAGGAAAGCCUUUUUGUGGAAAACAGUAGGCUCUUGGAAGACAGUAACAUAUGCAGUGAGACCUAUAAGAAAAGACAGCUCUUUCGGGGCAACAGAGACAGCUCGGGGAGAACAUCUGGAAGUCGGCAGAGCAGCUCGGAGAAUGAACUCAAGUGGUCCGACCACCAAAGAGCCUGGAGCAGCACAGAUUCUGACAGCUCCAACCGCAAUCUCAAGCCUGCCAUGACCAAGACGGCGAGUUUUGGGGGCAUCACGGUGCUGACCAGGGGUGACAGCACAUCCAGUAGCAGGAGUACCGGGAAGCUGUCCAAAGCAGGUUCUGAGUCCUCCAGCAGUGCAGGCUCGUCAGGAUCGCUGUCGCGUACCCAUCCACCUCUCCAGAGCACACCGCUGGUCUCGGGCGUGGCAGCCACUUCUCCCGGCUGUGUGACCUACCCAGAGAAUGGGAUGGGAGGCCAGGUCGCUCACAGCAGCACCAGCUACAUCCUCCUUCCACUCGAAGCUGCCACAGGCAUCCCACCCGGAAGCAUCCUUCUUAAUCCACAUACAGGCCAGCCCUUCGUGAAUCCUGAUGGAACCCCCGCCAUAUACAACCCCCCCACCAGCCAGCAGCCCCUGCGAAGCACAAUGGUGGGGCAGCCCCAGCAGCAGCCCCAGCAGCAGCCCUCCCCGCGGCCCCAGCAGCAGGCCCAGCCACCCCAGACGCAAAUGGCAGGCCCACUGGUCACUCAGUCUCUCCAGGGUCUGCAGGCUUCCUCCCAGUCAGUGCAAUACCCAGCUGUGUCUUUUGCUUCCCAGCACCUCCUGCCCGUGUCUCCGACGCCGCAGUUCCCCAUGAGAGAGGAUGUGACCACGCAGUUUGGCCAGAUGAACCUGAGCCGGCAGUCCUCGGGGGAGACUCCCGAGCCACCAGCCGGCCCUGUCUACACACCGUCCCUCCUGCCGCAGCCCACCCAGCAGCCAAGCUACGUCAUCGCCUCCACAGGCCAGCAGCUCCCAACGGGGGGCUUCUCGGGCUCUGGCCCUCCCAUCUCCCAGCAAGUCCUCCAGCCCCCUCCCUCGCCCCAGGGAUUUGUGCAACAGCCUCCACCCACACAGAUGCCUGUAUAUUAUUAUCCAUCUGGUCAGUACCCUACCUCAACCACGCAGCAGUACCGGCCCAUGGCCUCUGUUCAGUUCAGUGCUCCGAGAGGCCAGCAGAUGCCACAGACAGCACAGCAAGCAGGUUACCAGCCGCUCUUGUCUGGUCAACAGGGGUUCCAAGGCCUCAUGGGGGUACAGCAGCCGCCUCAGAGUCAGGGCAUGAUGAGCAGCCACCAGGGAACUCCAGUGCAAAGCGUGAUGCUCUCCUACCCAACCGUGUCUAAUUAUCAGGUGCCAAUGACCCAGGGUUCUCAAGGACUGCCCCAGCAGUCAUACCAACAGCCAAUCAUGCUACCUAACCAGGCAGGCCAAGGGUCCCUCCCAGCCACUGGAAUGCCUGUGUACUGUAACGUCACACCGCCGAACCCUCAGAACAACCUUAGGCUGAUGGGCCCUCACUGUCCCUCCAGCACUGUCCCCGUGAUGUCAGCCAGCUGCAGGACCAACUGUGCCAGUAUGAGCAAUGCUGGGUGGCAGGUCAAGUUCUGAGCACUCUGGCCAUGGUACAUGUCUUCAGAUACUACUCAUGGCCUUUAAGGGAGGAAGAGCAAGGUGCGAAAACUCACUGAGGACUUAAGUAUUCACUCAACACCCAAAUGACUGCUGCUGGUAUUCUGUAAAAAACAAAACAAAAAAAAACAAAGACUAAUCCACACAUUAGCUGGUUAAUGGUGCAUAUUUUCGUCAUGUCUGCUAGGUAUGCCUUUGUAGCUUAGCUAGUGACAUGAAUUCAUCAAGGUAAGAUUUUCUCCUACCACUGAAUACCACUGUGUAGAUGAUGAUAUCCCUAAUUUGGAUUAUUAGUUUUGUACUUUGUGUUGACUUUGUGAUGCUAAAAGUAUUUAAAAAUUAUAUACUGAAAUCACAUUGUACCAAAGCUGUAAUGGAAAAGAAUUGAUGAAUGGAAGGAAUAAUUUAUAUACACUAUAGAGUUUUCUUUUUUUAAUGGAUAUAUACUGUAUUGUAGUGUUUAAUCAAAAUAAAACUAUUUGACCUUAUGGAGGAAGGUCAUGUUUUUACCACCAGUUUGCUUCA